AAGUGAUGAAACCGUAAGGGAGAGAAGCUUCGGAAUCUCCGUCCCGACGACUCCGCGGUCUCUCUUUCUCUCUCUCAUGCAUAAGUACAAACACUGAGCGAGCAAACGUUGUUACUCUUGUUGUUGUUCUUGCCUACUCUGAUCUAAUCUAAAACCCAAACACAACUUCCCCUCCUCGUAUCUGUCGCCCAAAUUUCACCCGCCCCCCCUUCAUAAAUCCUCAAACCCAUCGCUCCACGCCCGACCCAUCACCCGCAAUGGCAGCAUCGGCUCUCUCCGGUUCGUUGCUUUCUUCUUCUUCGUCGUCGUCGUCGUCGUCGUCUUCUUCCCUCGCUCCCCGCCGAUCGGUUGUGUCGCCGCCGGCCUCCGUUCAGUUCCGUCCCAGGUUCGGCGCCGCCUCGAAGACUGCGGGCCGCCGUUUCGCGGCUCGUUGCUCGCUGGGCGCAGCUCAAGAUCCCAAGGACGACACUCCCAUCGAAUUGAAAUAUGCUGCAUUUCCGACGGUGAUGGAUAUCAACCAGAUUCGCGACAUUUUGCCUCACAGGUUCCCAUUUCUCCUAGUGGAUAGAGUGAUUGAACACAAUCCUGGAGUUUCCGCUGUUGCUAUCAAGAAUGUGACUAUUAACGACAACUUCUUUCCUGGGCAUUUUCCCGAGAGGCCAAUCAUGCCUGGUGUUCUCAUGAUCGAGGCAAUGGCACAGGUCGGUGGCUUGGUUAUGCUACAGCCAGAGGUGGGAGGCUCUCGUGAGAAUUUCUUCUUUGCUGGAAUUGACAAAGUAAGAUUCCGGAAGCCCGUCAUUGCAGGUGACACCCUAGUUAUGAGGAUGACACUUGUCAAGCUACAGAAGCGCUUUGGAAUUGCAAAGAUGGAAGGGAAAGCUUAUGUCGGGGGUGAAGUGGUCUGUGAGGGCGAAUUUUUGAUGGCUACUGGCGCUGGCAGUGAAUAAUCUGUAGUUUUUGAGUGGUCUCUUGUCAUGGCUGUGUCUAGGAUAAAUUUUUCUUCUCGGUGGAAGCGUUUAAGAUAAUUUAGCCAAUCUCUUGUUCUGAUUUCUUCUAGUGAAACUCAGGAGAGCCUCUUUCUGAAGGGAAACUUAUCACUCAUGGAUUCCUUGUCUACUUUUAUAUUUUUGUGCUUUUGCCAGUAGAUGAAAUUUUUUCUCUCUCCUUUGUUAUGGGAUAGGUAAUCAUGAUCUAACGUUUUAUUGUCCAUUGAACGUUGAA